GCCUCCACCGGGUUCCGAUCUCCUCUCCUCGCUCUGAAACCCGAACCCCAACAGAGAUCGCCCCUGCCUCUCCCCCUCCUCCCCCUCCACCACCACCCUUUUGUCAACUUGUUAAACUGGCACACGACUUCGGCUUUUUGGAGAGGGGAGGCCACACAGAGACGGCAUACUGGAGAGGCGGGGCCGCCGCUUUUUGGGCUCCUCCCCAUUGGAGCGCACAAAGCCGGGCGGCACCAUUUAACACUACCACCUCCACCACCACCACGCGCACCGUCACGCACACGAAGCGCCGGGGAGUCGACACGCAGGAACCACACUGGACUUCGCCUUCCCCGGCCUGCUGCUCCCCCCGCUGCAUCCAGAUCGGACCCGGACCUAGAUUGUUACCAGGAGUCUACACUUGGAAGAAUUAGUGGAGCAGUAGGCGAUAAACUUGCCCAGGGCGUGUCCAAAUGCAGUAAAACUUGAAACAAGAAGCUCUGAUCUGCUGCCGGCUUUCUGAAGUUGCUCUGGAGCUAGCAGUGCAUCCUUCCACGCUGGAAGUACCAGAUUCUGUUCUAGAGGAGUUGCUGGGCAUAGAGAUGGCAGACGAUCCUAAUCAAAACUUCGGGCCGUUUUCGCAGCCGUUCUGCAGCCAGAAUGUGGUUUCAUUUCAGACGAGCGCGACGCCUAGCGGGUCGGGAGGCAGCAUGCCGGUGUACCUAGACUGCUCCAGCAGCAUGGGUUCUAACAUGGGGAUGAUGAACACCACGCCUUCAGUAGCUGUCUCCACAAGUUCAUCCAACAUGGUUGCUGAAUCUGCGCAGAACCUCAAAUAUGGAGGACCCCUGGCUGAAAGCUGGUCGCAUCUCGAGAUCCAAGUGCUGAAAGAUUGCCUAGAUAGAUAUGUGAAUGAACAUGGUAUCAUGAAGUACAUAAAGAUAGCCGCUUCUCUACCAACCAAGACGGUGAGGGACGUUGCGAUGAGAUGCCAAUGGAUGGGGAACAAACAAACUACAAGACGGCGGAGGCCUGCAGAACAUCAUAGCAGAAAAAUGAAAGAUAGAAAGGAUAAAAUGGUGGGGCCUUCAUCCUGGGGUACCACUCAUCCUGUUCAGACGGAUACAGGGAUCUCUUCCUUUGUGCCGCAUCAUGCCAUUCAAAACAGUCAAUAUCUAUCUGGAGCCUCGGAGAUGGAUCGUAUAGUACAGCUUGUACUGGAAGAAAAUAAUCGGCUUCUUACUCAGAUAGACACAAAUAUUCAAGCAUUUCAGGCUCAAAAUAACAUCGAUCUCUUCAAUCGCGUGCGAAGGAACAUUGAUGGCCUCUUGAAAAUCAUGAGCCAAAUGCCGGGAAAAAUGAGUCAGAUGCCUCAGUUGGGAGUUGCGGUGAAUGAAAACCUUGCCAGUUACUUGCUCCCAGAUCUUACAAUGGCACAAGUUCUUGGAAAUAGCCAUUUGAAGGAGGAGCCAAGAGGAUGGUGAGUCGCAGCCAAAGCAGGUCACAGAUGAGGAAGAUACUGAAACUUCAUCGGUAGUUCGGCGAGUUAUAGGAAGAUAAAUACUGCUUCAGCAUGUACACCAGAUGGCGACGAAUAGAGUCACCAAGGAACCUUGUUUCCUCUAUCUGGAAGCAAAGGAGAGGCGAGUGGUGACUGAGGAACCACUCUGCAUUGCAUUGCGACAAGCCUGUAUAUUGGUGGCUGAACAUUUGAUCGAGCAGUGAUGGUUUCAAGAAAUUGUAGUUUUUCU